AUGCGAAUUGCUAGUGUAUGGUUGUGUAGUAUGGGUAAAGUGAUUAACCCGUACAAUGAGUGCGAAUACAUUCAAAGAAGAAAGUUGGCUGACAAAGAUGAUGAUUAUCGAGAAUUUUACUCUCUUUCCAAGAAGAAAGUUUCACGCAUAUUUCUCCCAGAAACUAGAGGACGAGAGUGUUUACCGUCAGAGGUAUGGCUCUGUACCGUGGAAAAUAAUACCGGAGAGAUUAACUUGUUGCAUCCUUUCUCGCGUACCCAAAUUCAACUUCCUCCAGAAAAAGACAUAUGGGCUUUACAGGAUUAUGAACCUGAUGGAGUGACGUGUCACUUUAUGGACAAAGUUGUUUUAUCUGCCAGUCCUUCUGUUACAUCAAAUUAUGUACUGGUGAUUUCCUAUUACGCAGGUAAUGAUUGUUUGGCUUUUUGGCGACCUGGAGAGCUCAACUGGACUAAAAUUGACAUUGAACCUAACAGUGCAGUCACAACUAUGAAUUGUUAUAAGGGUCAAUUUUAUUACCUGACAUGGUGUGGCGAAGUGUGGGUUUUUGAAGUUGCAGGGCCUCGUUUGGUUAUUGAGCUGGAGAAUGAUAUUUGGCACCAAGACUCAGUUCAGUUCUAUCUAGUUAAGCUAUCUGGUGCACUAUUACUUGUUAUCCGGUUUGCCAAUUAUGAGUUUCCAGAUGGUCCAAAUGGUGGCUACAAGACGUUUAAAUUUAAAGUCUAUGAAUUAGAUGUAAGCAAAGGUGAAAUGAAGGGGGAGAUUAAAACAUUGGGAGAAUCAACAAUCUUUUUGGGUCGUAAUGCACCAAGUUCCAUUAACACCUCUAAGUUUACAGGAGUCAAGCCUAAUCACAUAUAUUUUACUGAUGAUUGGAUUGGUCAUUUUAAUGUGUUGGAAGGAGGGGGUGGAAGAGAGAUGGGGACUUACAAUCUUGAAGAUGAAAAAAUUGAAUCUUUUUAUCCUGGAUUGUCAAUAAGUCCUGUUUGCCCGCCAACUUGGAUUGCACCAUCAUACUGA